CCAGAGAGGAAGUGAAAAACACGAUAAGUAAACAUUUGAGGAAAAUCGAAAUAACAGCCAAGUAAAUGACCUCUUUAGGGAAGUAAAUAACGCAUUAAGGGGCCUGGGAAGCGAGGAAGCUGGAGAUAAGGACGGGGGGUGAAGGCCCAAGGGUUGCAGGUGUUAUCUCCACCGCUACCCCACCACCCCUCCCCCUUCCUCCCCCCGACCCUGAACUGCCAUGCCGCGCUACCUGCAGCCAGAGGAGGCCACGGCCCGUGACCUGGAGAGAGGCAAGGCCGUGCGCAGGUUCUCUCACCGGCACCGGCCUGAGCAUGGCACGCUCAAGAUCCGGAGAGAAACUGGCCACAUCAUAUGGGUUGGCGCGCAAGGCGUCAGGGAGGUUGUCAGCAGUUUCCUGAAAAUCAAGUCUGCCAUGCCGCGCUACCUGCAGCCAGAGGAGGCCACGGCCCGUGACCUGGAGAGAGGCAAGGCCGUGCGCAGGUUCUCUCACCGGCACCGGCCUGAGCAUGGCACGCUCAAGAUCCGGAGAGAAACUGGCCACAUCAUAUGGGUUGGCGCGCAAGGCGUCAGGGAGGUUGUCACUUCCCUGGCGGACAUCAAGGAGGUGCGGCCGGGAAAGGGCUCCAAGGACUUUGAGAAGUGGCAGGAGGAGGCCAGGAGGGAGGAGAGAGCCAAGUGCUUCAUUGUCUUCUACGGGAAGGAGUUCAAGCUCAGAACGCUCUCUAUUGCUGCAAUCGCUCCUGAUGAAUGUACAGAAUGGAUCAACGGGCUGAAAUACCUCAAGGAGGAAGCCCUCAAUGUACCUUAUACCAUAAGACUGGAGCGGACACUGCGCACAGAGUUCUACAACAUGGAGAACCAGAGCAACAGAAUAACCUUCCGCGAUGUGAGGAACUUCCUGCCGCGCAUCCACUACAAGAUGACCAACAACCAGCUCAAGCAACUCUUCGACCAGGUGGACGACCGCAGCCAGGGCGAGAUUGGCUUUGACCAGUUCUUCGACCUUGUCAAGAAGAUUGCCUGGGACAAGGAUGUUGAUAGGAUGAUGUUCGAGAAUGCACGAGAUGUGGGGGAGAAGUCACUGCUGGACAAGUACUGCUGUGAGGGGAAGGUGUCGCUGCAGGACUUCCAGCUGUUCCUUGUGGAGGAGCAGAAGGAGCCAGAGGACAUGGCAGGACUUAUCAUCAAGAAUUUCAUCAGUGAUGUGCAGAGGGACAUCAUGGAGCCUUACUUCCAUGUGGAGGAGUUUGUACAGUACUUAUUCUCCAAGUCAAAUGAGCUUUGGGACCGGCGCAAUGACAGCGUGAACCAGGACAUGACAAAAUCCAUGUCACAGUACUGGGUCGCCUCGUCACACAACACUUUUAAACCCUCUUCUCAUCUCAUCUUUCCUCUCAUCUCUUCUCCUGAGAUGCCGUCCCCAGAGCAGUUAAAGCGCAAGAUUAUCAUUAAGCAUAAGAAGCUUCCAGAAGGCGUGGACGAGGCUACUCCUCCCAUCUGCAAUGCCAAUGACUCUGUUGCUCAGUCUAGCAAUGAGGAUUUCCUGUUCAUGAACCAGAUUAUUAGAUUGAUACAAAUAUCUGUGUUAAAGAAACUGCCUCUACCCUUCAGCCACUGCCUUUCUUUAAUGAGCAAUCCCUCUGCAACCUCCUACAGAUACCCUGUGAUACUCUCCAUAGAACAGCAUUGCAGCAUGAUACAGCAGAAAGAAAUGGCUGAGCAAUUCCAAAAGGUGUUUGGGGAUGCGCUCUUAACUGCUCCUCUAUCCCCUAAUGAAAAGGAGAUGCCGUCCCCAGAGCAGUUAAAGCGCAAGAUUAUCAUUAAGCAUAAGAAGCUUCCAGAAGGCGUGGACGAGGCUACUCCUCCCAUCUGCAAUGCCAAUGACUCUGUUGCUCAGUCUAGCAAUGAGGAGUUUGGAGGAGAGAUGGACCUGAGCAAGUUGAGUUUCAAAGGUGAUCGCCUCUACCUCAGGAACCCAGUGGACCAGACUGCCUGGCAACCCCACUUCUUUGCCCUCACCCAGGACCGUCUCCACUUCACUGAGCUGCAAAACGAAGAGCCAGAGUCCGAGGACCAGCACAGUGGCCGUAGGAUGCUUAAUGAUGUGAGCGAGGAAGAGUGGCACCUGCAUGAACCCUGGUAUCACGGGCGGCUGCCAGGGGGAAGGGCAAAGGCCGAGGAGCUGGUCCACCAGAACAGCCAUCUCGGGGACGGGACCUUCCUCGUGCGCUUUUCUGAAAACUUUGUUGGGGAUCACACCCUCACGUUUUGGUACAGAGGCAAGGUUAGUCACUGCCGCAUUCGUGUCCGACAGGAAGGCGACAACACUAGGUACUGGCUCAAAGACAAUGACUCCUUUGACACACUUUAUGGGCUGAUUGAACACUACAAGCACUACCCCAUAUUGUCACAGGAAGUAUCAGUAAAGCUGGGAGAAGCUGUACCACAGCCAAACAGCCAUGAGCGCAUGGAGUGGUACCAUGCUAACAUGACUAGAGAUGAGGCAGAGCAAUACCUUGGGAGGAUACCUGAGGACGGGGCCUUUUUGGUUCGGCCAAGUGGAGAGGCAGGGAGCAUAGCCAUAUCAUUCAAAGCAGAGAGACGGACAAAGCACUGCCGAGUAAAGCAAGAGGAUGGCACAUUCAUCAUAGGCACAGCAACCUUUGACAGCUUGGUGGAGCUGAUCAAGUACUAUGAACGGAACUUCCUCUUUCGUCGGGUCAAGUUGCGAUACCCAGUGACAGAGCGUGUUAUCCAAGGACUCCAAGAUAUGGAUCCUGUUGAUGGCACUGGUGGUUAUGUAGUGGAUCCUGCCUACGUAAGCAAUAUCCAUGUAAAGGCCAAGUACUCUUACCGUGCCAACAAGGACGAUGAGCUGACCUUCCCACGCCAUGCCAUCAUCCAGAAUGUGAUAAAAGCAGAGAAGGAGUGGUGGACGGGCGACUACGGGGGACGGAGGCAGCACUGGUUCCCAGCUAUCUUCGUGGAGGAGAUUGAGCCAGAGAAUAUGGAGGAGAGAGGAGGAGACAACCAAGUCCUGGGUAGCCUGCAGAAGGGGAGCAUUGACAUCUCAAGGGCCGGCACCAAGAUCGAGAAAGUCACAGGAACCAACCGCUGGGGCAUUGUGUCCAUUAUAAAAUUGACUACACAAACAGGCCAGGUGGUGGAGCUGGCCUGCACCUCAGAGCAGCAAGCACAGGAGUGGGUUAAAAAGAUUGAGAGCGUCUCCUCACCAGCAGCUGUGAACCAGACCAGACAGACAAGGAAACCAGAGCAGCGCAUCAAGCAGGAGAUGAGCAAUUUGGUAGUUUACUUCCGAGCAGUGCGGUGUGACCCUAGCAAGCAGUUUGUUUACGGGGGCACACACAAUGAGGUCUCGUCCUUCCCUGAGAACAGAAUGGAGAGCCUCAUCCUCAGUUCCCCUAAAGGAUUGCUCAAGUUCCAUAAGGUUGGCUUCAGCCGUGUGUACCCCAAGUCGUCACGGUUGGACUCCACCAACUACAACCCAGUGCCCAUGUGGAACCAUGGAUGCCAAAUGGUCUCCCUCAACUACCAGACAGGAGAUAAACCUAUGCAGCUAAACGAGGGGCGGUUUAUGCAGAAUGGCAAAUGUGGUUAUGUCUUGCGACCUGAAUUCCAGAACAACCCUGACUAUGACCCAGGCAACCCCCUCACCCUGCCCAACCCAAGACCCCUCAAUCUUUCCAUAAAGAUAUUCGGUGCACGGCACCUGAGCAAAUCUGGCAAAGGCUUCAUUUCACCCUUGGUUGAGGUGGAGAUCAUAGGCUGUGAGUACGACAACGCUCCGAAGUACACCACCAGAGCUGUCCAUGACAAUGGACUCAACCCUGUGUGGGGCGUGAAGCUGAUGUUCUCAGUGCACAACCCAGAGUGUUCACUUAUCCGUUUUGUGGUGUAUGACGAGGACAUGUUUGGAGAGCCAAACCAGAUUGGCCAGGCAACCUACCCGGUGACGUGUAUACGUGAAGGAUACCGCAGCGUUCCCCUAAAGAAUGGAUACUCUGAGGAAAUCGAGCUUGCAUCACUCCUCAUACACAUGAAGAUCACACGAGAGGAUGAGCAGAUGAUCCUCCUCUACCGCAAGCAGAUGUUUACGAUGCUGGACGAGGCACGGGAGAAGAACAACCUUGAAAUGGUGGCUAACUUGGAAGACAGAAUCCAAAGACUGGAGCAGGAGAUCUUGCAGCACGGAGAACAGUACUUCUUGUGAAGAGACUCCCACCAACCUCCCACCUUCCCUGCUACCACCCUGUACCUCGGAGGAUCCUAGAGGACUCUUAAAAGAUAAAAGAAUAAAAUUUUAAAAUAUUGAAAAAGGAGACAGCAAGAAGAUAAAGAAAAAAACUAGAAAAGAUUCAAAGGAAGGCAGUAAAAAAAAGAAAAGAAAAAAAAAGGAAAAAUGAAAAAAAAAAAAAAAAUGGAAGUUUCAAGAAAAGGUUCCAGGAAAAAGUUGAAAGCAGAGUUUCUAUUAAGAAGCUUUGCAAAUACUUAAACGCGGUGCUAGAAGAAAGAUGUUGCUUUCAGUCACAGCAGCAAGUAAGUCUGUGAGAUCCCCCCAAGUUCUUCAUCAAGGGUUCUACCAAGUUCUUGUGUUCCUAAAUGGGUUCUUUGGGUACUGAUGCCUCUAAUUUUUUUUUUUUUUUUUUUUU